CGCUCUUUCUCCUCCUUAUUAGUGGGUAGCUCUUUCCGUGAUGGAUAUUUACUUUGGGAAGCCUAUAUAAAGCAUUGGAUUGGGAUUUAUUUUCAGUUUUAGAAACAUUUUUACUCAGUUUUCACCACAUAAGUAACAAUGGCUACUACACCAUCAACAAUUAUUAUAGUUAUCAUUAAAGAUAAAGUUAAUUUUCCUCUAAAAAUGGGUGUGGUUGUGAUGAAACAACUAUUUACUUAUGGAGUACGGGAUAUUGAUACUACCUUGAAGAAAAAAUUUGGUGCUUUACCUAUCGAGUAUAUGAGAACUCGAUUGGAAAACGACGAAGAAUUGGAACUUUUCGACAAAGCAUUGAAAAAAUUUAAAUUUAAUUUAGAUGAAAAUGAAAUUGCAAUCAAACAGGGACCUCCAAUUUUAUCUAUCGAACAAUCGUUGACAACUGCAGCAGCCUCCUCUUCAGAACCGAAACCACAACAGUCAUCAUCAUCAUCGUCGUCAUCAUCCAAGAAGCUAUCUAACAAUAUUUUUGUUUUUGAAGAUGAUGAAUUUUUGUUUAAUUAACAUAAAAUGUUAUUUAUUUAAAUGAUAUAUCAAAUAAAUAAAACACAAGUAAAAAUUUGCUUCAAAAUUUUAUUCAUAUACCUACAAUUUUCGAAAACAUCUAGAAAAAGUUACAAUACUCUAUGUAAAAACCAUCUUUUCAAAUAAAACACAUUUUCUCUCGCAC